GUUCCGAGGUCAGAAACAAAAGACUUCCGUAAUCUCGACAGAAGGCACUGCUCUCUGUUUCCAGACAUGAAGGUGGUGCUGCUGGCGGUGCUGUUGGUGUUGGCCGCGAGGGAAGACACGGCCCAGGCCCAGAAAGCUCUCAGACUCUGUGGCCGUGAGUUUUUUCGGGCAGUCGUCUACACAUGUGGGGGCUCCAGAUGGAGGCGGGGCCAAACCGAGGAUCCCCUUAAUGGUUAUGAAGUUGGGACUGAUGUGGAGUCACUGACCUCUGCAGGAAUGGAUCGAGUAAGAAGAGAGGCCUAUGAAGCGCUGCCCUCCACGUGCUGUAAAGUGGGUUGCAGAAAAAGUGAUCUUGUUCUCAUGUGCUGAGAAACACUCCCAACAUCGUCAUCUUCUCUGUGCAAAAUGCAUUUAAAAUAUUGUUUUUCAGAGGGCUUGAAUUACAUAGAAACUCUCAAAGUUAAAAUGGUUUUAAAAUGAACAUUUGAAAAAUGUUCAGAUGUUGUUUUCCAAGAAAUUCUUCAAAUGCAAAAAAAAAAAAAAAGUAUUUAUUUAAAAUGAGGUAACAUUUAAAGAGGACUAAUACUCAAUAGAAAGGAAUGUUGUCUUUUUAGAGGCACUAUUAAGGAAACAGUUCACCUUAAAAUAAAAAAAAAAAAAAAAAAAAACACCCUCUGUUGUUCAGAACCCAUAGCCUACUUUUUGCUGUCUGAAAUAUACAUUGGGAAUUGUUUCAUUAUAUGCAUAUACUAUAUGUAUACUUGGUCUAUAUGUGUCCCAAAACAUAGUUAAGUGGUUAAAUGUUUAUGAAGUUAAAUGGUUACGAACCUGAACUAAUGUUUUUAAAAAUGUUGUUAAAAAGGUUUAAAUCUAGAAGCAGGUACAAAUUCUAGAUUAGAAAAUCUGUAUUUUUUUUUUAUUAUUAUUUAUAGUCUACCCAAUAUUGUAUUUUAUGGAAUAUAUCCAAUAUCAGGAGAUACCAAAUGUAAAAUUGAGAAUAAAAGCAUUUUGAACAUUUUGUUUAUUUGAGUCCUUAUUUGUUGGGAAAUAGCAAUAAAUACAUUUUUAAAUUCCUGAA